GCGUCAGAGCAGUCUCUUUUAGACCAGUCGGGUUUCUUUGAUGACCCCAACGUGUGCAUCGUAUGCGGCGAGCCCCGGUGCAUGCGUCAUCGUUUCUGCAAGCCCCACAAGUCACUGGCCGAGUCCUUGCGAGUGGACGCAGAGCGACAGGACCUUGAUAAGACCAAGGCCACAGGAACCAAGACGACAGAGUGUUCAGAUGCGCACAAGGAGGCCAUGGCAGAUCCAGCGAGGUGCGUGAUGAAGAUGAAAAUGGCAGAGGAGGCUAACCCCAGCGCGAGCAAAGGCAAGAAGCGCAUCAAGUUCGACCACAUGGACCAUGCCCACUCGUUUCGCAUACAGAACGUGGCAGAGGACUUCAAUCUGCUAAAGAAGGUCGACUUCAUCGAAUUCAGCACCACGAUGGAAAGGAAGCGCAGAUGGACACCUGCGCGUUCUUUGCAGGAGUGGGACAAGCUCAAGGACGACCCCUCGAUUGGCCGAGAUAACCUUGGACAAGAGAAAGGCUUUGAGCUCAGGCUGCACCUCAAAAAGGGUGACUAUGUAAAGGUUGGCACUGCGUCAAUCGAGGAGAAGUCGCUGACGAAUACCUCCAAGAAGAUGAAGUCAGCAUCAGCAGACGAGUUGUCGCAGAUGAGGGCAGAACUCAGCAUGGGCAUGCAGACGUUCGGCGGCGACUUCCACAGCGUUGGCGCCAGCAGCUCCAGCGCCAACGCGCCGAGUUUCAGUGCGCCCUUGGGGCCUGGCGCUAUGCUGGCUCAGAUGGCUGUGACUACCACGCCUGGCAGCUCGACCGCGCCAUCAACGCCAGCAGGUCGCGUGGCGUCCGCCACAGCCCAGUCAUCUAGCCCAGCCGCCUCCAUGGAGGGCGCGGGCGGCGGCGGCGCGCCCAAUGGCAAGCAGCCUCCGCCGCUGGACAUGGCCCUCCGCGCCAACACGUCCAGCAAGAUCGCCAGGGAGCAAGACCUCGAGAUCGUGAAGUUGUGCGAGGCCGCCCUCAGGGGGCAGGAAGCCAUCGAGCGCAAGGAUGUGUCGAUGGCCGAUGACAAGGCCCACUUUGACAUUGUACAGCCGCGGCUCAACAUGCUCUUACUGGUGCUUCUACUGGUGCAUCGGGAGCCCAACAAGGAGCUCCCUGAGGGCAAGGUUGCGUGGUGCCACCAGAGGAUCCUAUCCCAGGAGAAGCUCAUGAAACUGUUCGUGACUUCUAUCGUUGCCGACAGCCCUGCGAACGACGUGGUAGACGUCGAGAAGGAGGUUAACAUCGAGCAGAACAAAAUCAUCUCCAUGCUUGAGGGGUCUGCAUAUGUUCCAAUUGAGAACCCGCAGAGCUUGAAGAACGUUGGAGUGGUCGCCAUGCUUGCUCACCAGGUGACAACGAUGGAGAGUACAGCUACGGUGAAAUCAGCUUUCAGCAACUGGGUGGAAACAAAGUUGGCGUGGAAGCAGUUGGCCAAGGCCCUGAACAAAAGCAUCACUGACCUCAAUGGGAACAUCAAGCGGCGCUUCGACGCGCAGAGAAAAGAGAAGUCCGAGGCAGAGAAGAAGGAGGCGGCAGCGGCAGUGAGGCGCAGGCAGGAGGAGGAGAGGUUGGCAGCGGAGCAGAAGGCACGAGUUCGAAUCAACACAGACAUCUUUAAGCUCAAGGUCGAGGCGGGCAUGGUGGCCCCGGUGCACCGCAGCGACGCAGAGUUCUUGGAUGGAGCGCCGCAGGUUGACUACACCAAGCCGUUCGUUGUCGCGAGCGCGGCCGCGCAGAACUUCGCCGAGGGGAAGCUUGCCCAGCCCAUGCUGCAGAGGUUCUUGGCUCAGUACAAGGGGGUGCCUCAGUUCAAGGACCCCACUGGGGAGGGCCGCAUCUUCGCGCCCGUGUCGGCGGCGACCGUGGCCCAGGUGAUGAAGAGCUUGAUUCGCACCUUUGUCCCAAAGGAGAACCAUCCAAACAUCGAGCCCACUGUUGUCGACAUGAAGAAGUUAACGUGGCCAUGGCUCUGGGGCAUGAGGGAGGACCUCGUCCACUCCAGUCCGGAGUCUCACGGGCUGGGGUCGAUCCGUAUCGUUCUCGGUGGAGGGGUUUCCAUAAUGUGCUUGAUCGGCGAUGCAGCGACAGGGCUCAGUUUGGGCAUAAAUGUCGAGAACGCGCUGCUGGAGUCGAACAUCCUUCGUUUCAGCUGCAUGUCGCAAGAGGACCUCACCAAGAUGAAGGGCCAGGUGUUCUACAUGAGCGCGCCCACGCACAGCGUCGUCUACCUACCUCCAGGCUGCCACGUUAUCAUGGCACCGACCAACAAGCCGUGCAACAUGUACGGAUUCAAGCAGCUU